AUGGGUAUCAAGGGUUUAACAAAGCUGUUGGCGGACAAUGCUCCAAAAGCUAUGAAAGAGCAGAAAUUUGAGAGCUACUUCGGUCGUAAGAUUGCUAUCGAUGCCAGCAUGAGCAUUUAUCAGUUCCUUAUUGUAGUUGGAAGAAGUGGAACUGAAAUGCUGACUAAUGAGGCUGGCGAAGUCACCAGUCAUUUGCAAGGCAUGUUUACUCGCACUAUUAGGCUUAUUGAGGCUGGAAUCAAGCCCCUCUAUGUAUUCGAUGGGAAGCCUCCAGAUUUGAAAAAACAAGAGCUCGCUAAACGUUACUCAAAGCGGACUGAUGCUACUGCUGAUUUGGCUACUGCUGUGGAGUCUGGUGUUAAGGAAGACAUUGAGAAAUUCAGUAAACGGACAGUCAAGGUGACAAACCAGCACAAUGAUGAUUGCAAAAGACUUCUAAAGCUCAUGGGAGUGCCUGUAAUUGAGGCUCCUUCUGAAGCAGAAGCACAGUGUGCUGCACUUUGCAAAUCUGGAAAGGCAAGUAUCUUGCUUCUCCAUGAUAACUUGUCUGGGUUCUUUAGUAUGUUCAUAACAUCAUGCAUGGCAUUUGGAGUCUACGCUGUGGCUUCUGAAGACAUGGAUUCCCUAACAUUUGGCGCCCCUAGAUUUAUUCGGCAUUUGAUGGAUCCCAGCUCAAGGAAAAUCCCGGUUAUGGAAUUUGAAAUCCCAAAGAUUUUGGAGGAGCUAAACCUUAGCAUGGAUCAGUUCAUUGACCUGUGCAUUCUUUCUGGAUGUGAUUAUUGUGACAGCAUUAGAGGAAUUGGAGGACAGACUGCCUUGAAACUUAUUCGACAACAUGGUUCUAUAGAGAAUAUACUGGAGAACAUAAACAAAGAAAGGUACCAAAUACCAGAGGAUUGGCCAUAUCAGGAGGCUCGGCAGCUUUUUAAAGAACCGGUAGUCCUUGCUGAUGAAGAGCAACUUGAUAUUAAGUGGACUUCUCCAGAUGAAGAAGUGAAUGAACUUUAA